AACUGACAAACUAUGAAGUCAUGCACUGCACUGGACAUCUGUUGAACUCAGUUUUAAAGUUAAUGCAACAAACCACACACAUUUACUCUCUCUCUCUCCCUCACAUUGAAAUAGACACUCUUUCUCUCUCUUCCUAGCUCCAGUCACACACUCCCAAAUCACUCUCACACUACACUAUACACAAUAAUAUAGUAGUACUAUACACAAUCACACCACCUGCUUGCUUCUUCUCUCUCUCUCUCUCUAACCUACAUUUUCUUUUCUUCCACUAUAUCUUUCUCUUGCUUAGAAAAGUCUGCAACUUUAGUCACCCAGAAAGCUUAACACGAUUCUUACACUUAUUUAGCUAGACAAGCCACUAACCAGUAUGCUAAACAAUCUUUCUUCAAUUGCUGCCACCUUCUUUUACUCUUUCAACACUAACCCAAGUUGCUUGCAUACAUGAACUAAGAUUCUAAGAAUAAAAGUUUGUUCUUUUUUUUUUCUCAAUGACUUGUACUUAUUGUCUUGAAAUUAUUGUUGGAGGGUGAGUGAAUGGGUUGCAUGUUUUCUCAAUUAGCUGCAAAAUUUGCUUUCUUUCCUCCAUCCCCACCAACUUAUCAGGUGAAGAAGACAGAUAAUGGCAAGCUUACUGUGCUUUCAUCAUCAUCAUCUUCUUCUUCUUCAAUGCCACUUCCCCUUCCUGAUGAUAAAUCAUUUGAUGUUUUAUUGAUUGAUACAAAAAGAGGGAACAAGAUUGUUGCUUUCUAUUUAAAAAAUCCAUAUGCUAGACUUACUCUGCUUUACUCUCAUGGCAAUGCUGCUGACCUUGGCCAGCUUUAUGAUCUCUUUGUCCAGCUUAAGAUUAAUCUCAGAGUUAAUAUCAUGGGAUAUGAUUAUUCUGGGUAUGGAGCCUCUACUGGUAAGCCAAGUGAAUCUAAUACGUAUGCAGAUAUUGAAGCUGUGUAUCAAUGUCUUCAGACAGAGUAUGGAGUUAGUCAGGAAGACUUAAUUUUGUAUGGGCAGUCAGUUGGUAGUGGUCCAACAUUGCACUUGGCAGCUAAGUUGCCAAGGCUGAGAGGUGUAGUUUUGCAUAGUGCUAUUCUCUCUGGACUUCGCGUGCUCUGCCAUGUAAAGUUCACAUUUUGCUUCGACAUAUAUAAGAAUAUAAACAAAAUUCGGAAGGUGAAAUGCCCUGUGCUAGUAAUACAUGGUACAGAGGACGAUGUUGUGAACUGGUUGCAUGGUAGUGGACUCUGGAACUUGGCGAGAGAACCAUAUGAGCCAUUAUGGAUUAAAGGAGGCGGACAUUGUAACUUGGAACUGUACCCUGAUUAUAUCCGCCAUCUUUGCAAAUUUAUUCAAGAAAUGGAGAGUAUAACCACAAAAAGCCAGCUCAAAAAGAUCCGGCAGAAUCUCCAACUAAAACCAAGGUCUAAAACUGCUACUUCCAACAAAUGUUGUAGAUUUAAGCUAUGGAGACCAAGAUGCCCUAAAUGUUCUAUGCCAAGGUGCAUAAAAUGUUUAUGUCAGUGUCAACCGAAAUGCUCAGGAUGUUUGAGACCGAGGUGUGUUAAAUGUUGUUGGCUACCCAGAUGCCCGAAGUGUUCGUUACCCAGUUGCUGUUGCAGCAUUAAAUGUUUACGUUGGGGUUGCUGUGUGGGAACGCCCACUGGGACGAGGCGGAAACAGGAUGGAUGCUGAUGAUGACAGGCUUUUGUAUAGAUUCUUGCUGAAUUUACUAACACCUUCUGAUGCUGUGCAUUAUAAUGCACAAAAACAAGAGGAAGUAGUUAUCUUUUAACUUUGUUAGGAACAAUAUAAUUGGAUAGCUACAUGAAUGCUGGUAUACUCUUCAAAAUGAUGAUUUUCAAUGAGCUUGUUUGGAUUUUUA